AUGAUGUCAUCGGAGGAAGAUUCUGAUUCUUUCGGUUUGUACGUCGACAAGUUGCUAAAGAAGCACGACCCGAGCGCGGCGGCGACCGCCAACAGCAACAGCAACAGCAGCAACGCCAGCAGCGGAAGUACCGGGAGCGGCCACAGCAAGCAGCAGCAGCGCGCCCGGCAGCGCGUGGACGCGGGCGAGCCAAGGAACAGCUACUCCUCGAUACCGAACUUCAGUUCGCGGCCGUCCUUCAUGAGCGGCGGUUUGUACGGGGCUAUCUUUAGCCAGGCGCAGCAGCAGCACUUCAGCGGCCUGUUCGGUCCCGGCGGUUACGGGCCCGCCGCCAGCAAGAUGCUCAACGAACUGCUCGGGCGCCAAGUGAAGCAAGCGCAGGACGCCACCGACCACGCGGCGGACGCGACCACCACCCUCAGCAUGCUGUCCGCGAUCGAAGCGGCCGCGGCCAGCACCAGCAUGCUGAUCGACGCGGGAGGUGGUGGUGGUGGCGGUGGCGGUGGCGCAGUGAACGGUGUCAGUGGGAGCGGCCAAGGUGUCGCCAAGCACGGCUUCGAGAGUGUGACGAACCUGAACAACAACAAUUCGAAUACGAACAAUAACAACAACAACCACAAUAGUAACAGUAACAGUGGUAGUGGCCACAACAAUGGCCACAGUGCAAACGGUGGCAGUGGUGGUGGUGCGGUAGUGGCCGCCGUGUCCUCGUCGGAUGCGCCGACGAUCGGGAACCGGCGCAGCAGCAGCACCAGCAGUACGAGCAGCAACAGCAGCAGCAACAGCAGCAGCAUCCACAGCUCCGCCAGCAACACCAACCUUGACGGUGACUCUACAACACCACCGACCCCCGUCGCCGGUGCCGGCCCCACGGCCACGGCCGCCCCCGGAACCGGCAGCUCCGACAGUGAGCUGGCGCACCACAUGCUGCGCAACAUCCUGCAGAGCAAAAAGGACCUGAUGGCGCUCGAUCAGGAGUUGCGCGCGAUCAGCUCGCCCGACAACAACAACGUGAUCGGGAGCAAGAACAACAACCACAACACGAUCUUUGACGUAGUGAGCAAAGGUGGCAGUGAGGGAAGCAGCAACAACCACCACCAGCACCAGCACCAUCGGGAUCAGGACGGGCCCAUAGUGAUAAACGGGGGCGAGCUAAGUGACUCCUGCGAGGAGGGUGGCCCGCUGGGCCUGCUGGGCAGUCCGGCCAACGGUAGUGAGGUGAAGGCGUCCAGUCUGUUGUUGUGUCCGAAUCAAAAUGGCGUCUCGGGUGAUGACGGAAGUGGACCCGCGAAGUUGAUCGGUGAUCGGUUAGCGAACGGCCCGGUGGUGCUGAACCCGAAGCAGGAGCGGGCUGACGUGAUCGACGAACUGGUGGCGUCGCUGCCUCCGGCGCCGCCGGCGGACGACACCGCCGACGACGAACCGAUGCCGUCGCCGGCGUCGGGCGUUAGCGCCGAGAUGCUGAUCACCAAGCAGGAGAUGCAGGACCUCGAAGAUUGCUGCGCUGGCGGUGGCGAUCGGGACGAUAAGGAUCGAGACGAUCGGACACCCUCGCCGACGGGUGGGGAGCAGCAACCGCGACUAACGGGUGGCCGUCCCGGGGAACCGGAAGCGCUGAACAUGAAGCGGGCUCGGGUCGAGAACAUCGUCUCGACGAUGCACCGCGCCAGUCCGGCCACUCUGCCCGGCCUCGGCCAGGCGACGGCUGGGGCGGGCGCGCCCCCGGUGAACGGGUGCAAGAAGCGGAAGUUGUAUCACCCGCAGCAGCACGAUAACGGGGCGGCCGAACGGUACGCGGCAGCCGCAGCCGCCGGACUCAAUCUGGGGUUGACGCUCCAGAACUUUAUGCUGAGCAGCAGCGCCGCGGCAGCGGCAGCGGCCGCAGCAGCGGCAGCGGGCAACGCGGCGGCGGUGACGGCGGCCGGGGAACCGGCCAUGACCGACGAUGACGACGAUCUGGUGGAGGAGCAGGCGACGAUCACAACGGCGGCAUCGGGCGCUUCGGCACCGCCCCAUAUCCAUCAGAAGCGUGUGGAGAAGGACGUCCUGAAGUCGCAGCUCCGCUCGAUGCAGGAGCAGCUGGCCGAGAUGCAGCAGAAGUACGUGCAAUUGUGCUCGCGGAUGGAGCAGCAGUCGGACACGACGCAGGAGGUGGCGGACGAUAGCUCCACCAGCGACGACAUCCUGGAGGACGACGCAGCACCGGGACCGGCGGAUCACUCGCCCCGGUCGCUGCUGCUCCAGUCGACUCCGGUCAAGGAGGCGGGUGUCGGCAAGGGGAGUGGUGGGCAGCAGCAGGACCAGGCGGCGGCCGCCGCGGCCGCCGCCGCAGCCGCCGACGCUUCCAGUAUGCUGCAGAUGAUGAGCAAGAUGAUGUCCGCGAAGUUGCACCACCAGGGAUUGCCCCCCCAGGGACACCCGCACCCGGCCCUGCAGGCCGCGGCCGGUUUCAACGGGGCCCACCCGUUCCUGCAGCACAUGCAGCAGGCGGCCGCAGCCGCCGCAGCCGCCGCUAUGCCCCGCGACGAGGCGCAACAUCAGCAGCAACAACAACUGAGCAGCGCCGCGGCUAUGUACCAGAAGCUGUUCCUGGAGCAGGAGGCCCGCCUGGUGAAGGCGGAACACGGGGAGCGGAACCAGCAGCAGCAGCUGCUGCAGUCAACCCCGCUCCACCAGCCACCACCGCCGCAGCAGCAGCCGCAACCUCCGCUCCAGACGCUUAUGCAGGACCGAAGUCCGGGAAGUAACCCAGCGCAGGUAACGUUGCCAACACCGGCACCGCCGCAGCCGCCACUGCAGCCACCGGCGCACACUCCACUCCACCCGAUCCCCACCACUUCUUCGCAGCAACCCCCGCAGCUACUACAAUCGCCUGUCCAAUCGCAUUCACAGCAACAACCGCCGUCGCUGCCGCCGUCCCAGCAACAGCUUUCGCCCCGCCAGCAACCGACGGUCCAGCCACCGUCGCCGACCGCGGCGGCAGUGGCAUCGGCGGCGAUCAGUCACGGCGUCGCCGCAGCUGCGACGACGACGACGACGACGCCGGUGAUCCCGAAGGGCGCUUCGACGGAUUUGACGAACCGCCUGACGAUGAUGCGAUCGGCGGUGGCGGGCAGCGCAGCACCGGUUGGUGGGCCCGUGUCCGGCACGGACCUGGAGGGGCUGGCGGACGUGCUGAAGACCGAGAUUACGGCCUCGCUGUCGAAUCUGGUCGACUCGAUCGUGACGCGCUUCGUGCAUCAGCGCCGCUUCCUUGGCAAGCAGUCGGAGGCGGCGGCAGCCGCCGCCGAGCAGCUCAACAAAGACCUCCUGAUGGCGUCCCAGCUGCUGGACCGCAAGUCCCCGCGCACCAAGCUUGGGCCGGCCGCCGACCGAACGCACCAGCACCACCACCAUCACCAGCACCAGCACCACACAGGUAAUGGGCCACAGGUGCCUCUGCUUCAGCAGCAGGCGGUGGGGACGGCUGUUCCGCCGCCGCCAGUGCGAGGGCCGCUGCCAUAUCCGCCGCUCGGCGGCAUGCCGCCGACGGCGAUGCACGGACCGGCGCAGGAUCCCGGCAAGACUGGCCAGCAUCAACCGCUGCCGGCCGGCAUCAGCAACGUGCACCACCACCACCACCACCCCCUCCAUAUGCCCGCUCACGUACGUCCUUCUCCCUCUGCAGCCAUGUUCCCACCGCAGCAGCAGCAGCAGCCGAAAGCGACGACCCAAGGCAUGAACUCGGUGGCCGCCGCCGCGCUCUACAACUCGAUGAACCAAGCCCUCGGCGGGGGUGGCGUCGGUGGUCCUGUACCACCACCACCACCGCCAGCGACGGUUGCAGCGGUCAAUCCGUUCUGUUUGCCACCACCGCCGGCGCCAGCGCCGGCGAUGGAAGCGCGCGAACCCAACCCGGAGCAGUUCGAGGCCCUCAGUUUGGUGGUGACGCCGAAGAAGAAGCGCCACAAGGUGACGGACACGCGCAUCACACCCCGCACCGUGAGUAGAAUCCUGGCCCAGGACGGCAUCCUGCCGUCCGCCGCCACCAACCACCAGCACCAGUUGCCGAUCGAUUCUCAACAACAACACUCCCAACAACAGCAGCAGCAGCAGCAACAACAGCAGCAGCUCCCGAUCGGGGGUGCCGGCGGUGUGAACGGUUGCCACGCGGGGGGAACCCUGAACAACAACAACAACAAUAGCUGUAACAAAAACCAAAACCAGCUCAUUAACCAGCAGCAGGCCGCCUCACAGCAGGCCCUGGUUCCGUCGUCGCAGGUUCCCCAGCAACAGCAACAGCAACAAUCUCCGUUCAGCGGUCAGUCGGCGGUGUCGGGGGGUGGCCCCAAGCAGCAGCCGCCGCCGACGGCGACCACUCCGACCGAGUGUACGUCACCGCGGUCGUCCUUCCACGGUGCUGCCGUCGCCGCCUCGGCGAUGCUGCCCGUUUCGCUGCCGACGUCGGUCGCGAUCCCGAACCCGUCGCUCCACGAGUCGCAAGUCUUCUCGCCCUACAGCCCCUUCUUCAAUCCGCACGGUGCUGGCGGUGGCGUUGGCGGCGGCGGUGGCCCCCAUGGGCCGCAGCCGUCCCAGUUCCACCACAUGAAGGUGUCCUCGAGCAGCCCGCCCGGCCUUGGCAACUCGGGUCUGCUGGGCGAUCCACGAGACUCGCCGCCCCUACCGCACCCGCCCACGAUGCUGCAUCCGGCGCUGCUGGCCGCGGCCCACCACCACGGCAGCUCGCCCGACUACGGACAUAUCCGGGCGUCGAUGGACGCCGCCGACCGCAGCUCGGACUGCACGUCCGCGGACAUCACCUACAACGGCCUGGAGCCUACUUCGUCAACCCUGACGCCGAUGCACCUGCGCAAGGCGAAGCUGAUGUUCUUCUGGGUGCGCUACCCCAGCUCCGCCGUGCUGAAGAUGUACUUCCCGGACAUCAAGUUCAACAAGAACAACACCGCCCAGCUGGUCAAGUGGUUCUCCAACUUCAGGGAAUUUUACUACAUUCAAAUGGAGAAGUACGCCAGACAAGCUGUAAGCGAGGGCAUGAAAAAUGCCGAUGACAUCCAUGUAAGCAAUGACAGUGAGAUUUACCGCGUCCUCAACCUACACUACAAUCGGAACAAUCACAUCGAGGUGCCCCAAAAUUUCCGAUACGUCGUUGAGCAGACGCUGCGUGAGUUCUUCCGCGCGAUACAGGGCGGCAAAGACACCGAGCAAUCAUGGAAGAAAUCUAUUUACAAAAUCAUUUCCCGAAUGGAUGAUCCUGUGCCGGAGUAUUUCAAAUCUCCGAACUUCCUCGAGCAGCUGGAGUAAAGCAUUAAGCCUGGGCUACUAGAAGCGUGUGCCUCUAACGCGCUCAGUUAGUGCGCACGCUCGGAGCAGACGAGGAGGAGUGGGAGAGGAGAAGGGAGUCUUCGGGUGGCAGAAGUUAGCUAACGCGUGUCAACCAACAAAACAAAGAAGAAAAGAAAGAAACCAAAAAGUGCAGCCCGAAAGGCUUUACGGAAUUAAGACACCGAAUCAAUAAUAGGAAAAAAAACAAGAAACAAAGAAAAAAGUAAUAUAUGAAGCACUAAUUGUGUAUGAAAACGAAACAGAGUAAUUUUAUUAUAAAAAAUUAAAAUAAAUUAUACAAAAUUGUUAUCUUAAAACAAAUUUAUGAGAUAUGAGCGUACGAGAAGGGAGCGAUGAAACGACGAGACACAAAACAUACAAAUAUGAGUGAGUCAGAGAGCAAAAGAAAGAGACUAUAUUAUUUAAAACCCUGAAGCAGACGGAACGGAAGCGAAGAAGCGAGAAGAAAAUUUAAUACGCGAAACCUAUUAAACCAAACUCAAAACAAACAAUGAACUAAAACAAGAAAACAUUUGUGGUUCCUAUCAUGUAGUGCGCUUUUUUCCCACGAAGGCGUCUCUGCAGACAACAAAAAAAACAAACAAACAAAAUCCAGCACUCAAGUUCGACAAAGCAGAGUGAAAUGCGCGGCGAAAAUGAUCGACGGGGAUACAUUCUUACGCAAAAGCUACACAAGGCGAAACGUGUAACGCGUACGGAAUACUCCAGUCGUAGUCGCCCGAGACACACACGCAACAUGGCCAUUCGCAGCGGGCAGGCGCAUAGGCGCGGUCCCGGUGCCCAGAGAAUGCGAUUUCAUGCGCGAGCUAGGCCUUCAAUCAGAAAACAUGUUACAAACCGUGCGCAGCGCAGCGAUUGUAGUGCUUUCUUCGGAGAUUGAAACGGAAAUGGCAUCUCGGAAAACUCUUUUCACGGACGUUCAAAAAUAUAAAUAUUUAAACGAGAGAAAAGUCGAAAGCAAAAAAGCACUUACACGGCACACCUCAAAAUUUACCAAUUUAUAUUAUAUUUAAGAGAUAAGAGAAGAAACAGCAUUAAGCAUAACAUGAAAAAUCGCAGUACACACCCGAACGUGUAGAGCAACCAGCGCGCGAGCAAGCAUCUGAGGAGGCGAGGUGGACACAAGGUAGUCCGUUAAAGUAUAGAACAACUCUCGUAGCAACCCUUUUGCGAAGUGACUACUGUUGCGUGGAACACACAAAGGGACUAGCGGAAUUGAAAAGGAAUGCAGUUUUUUGGCGCAAAAAAGGAAGGCAGGCAGUAACGUAAACUGUAUUGCAAACCGUCGAAUCAUACGAUACAUUAUAUCGACAUUCCAUUUGGCCACCCCACACGGUAUCGACGCGUAUUUUUCUAGUGUUAACCUUCGGCUACCGGAUCGUUUUCCCUCCAUCAGUGUUUCCUUAGUUUCCCACACGGGGGUCCACGGACCACCGUUUGCGAUGAAUUUCCUCAUUUUGAGAUGAUGUAUUUAUACUUUUUCUGUAUAGCUAGAUGUUAGUUUCAAGAUUAGAGUUAAAAACAUCGUUA